AUGCCUCACGUAGACCUAGGGCGUCUUGAGCUCUUCCUGACAAUCUGCAAGCGCAAAACUCCCGACGACCCUAUCCACUGGAUGAUAAUGUUGCGCCACCCAGGCGCAGAGCGAUGUACCUGGCUUCACUGCACAGGAGUCCGAGGCGACCGUGAGACCGAGAUUGAGGAAAACAAGAGAUACAGCAGUUGGGGCAUCGACACCAAAGACUGGCUGGUUGCAAUUCCAGCACAGUAUGGCCCUGAGGUCAUCCAAGAGGCCCGGGCUCUCCCAAAACAAAGCUGUCGAUGGUGGUCUCUGUACUUGAUACUUAGACUCGAGAUUAAGGGCUUGAUGCCCCAAGGAACAUUUAAGGAAUGGGAGAAACACCGGCGCACUGGAAGCACGGAGAAUUUUGGGACUGGUUGUCUCGGCAAGUGUUCACGCUCACGCCCUAACGUUCUAUGCGCGCGCAUUUUAUGCUCAAACCCAGAGUGUGGACGAUUCAAUUGUAGGCACGAAUGUCUUGGUGAAACUUACUGA